AUGGACCAGAGCCUGGUUGGACUUCUUGUAGAUGUGACUCAAUGCUGUGUCACCCAUAGGGUGCUGUGGGGUGUGUGGUUGGGUUGUGCCAGAGCCCCACUUGCCUGCCCAGCCCAAGGUACACUACGCAGGUGUGCCCCUCCAGAUGUUUUAGAAGGUCCAGUGACUAUUUCGACAAGUACCUUCUUUGAUGGCUUACUGGUAACUGGGCUCUACACCUCUACCAGUGUUCAGGCUUCCCAGAGCGUUGGUGGUUCCAGUGCUUUUGGAUUUGGAAUUAUGUCUGACCACCAGUUUGGAAACCAGUUUAUGUGCAGUGUGGUUGCGUCCCAUGUGAGCCAUCUCCCCACUACAAACCUCAGUUUUGUUUGGAUUGCUCCACCUGCAGGGACGGGCUGUGUCAACUUCAUGGCUACAGCUACUCAUAGGGGCCAAGUUAUAUUCAAGGAUGCCUUAGCACAACAGCUGUGUGAACAGGGAGCCCCGACAGAAGCUCCCUUACAUCCUCACUUAGCUGAAAUGCACAGUGACAGCAUUAUCCUACGAGAUGACUUUGACUCUUACCAUCAACAAGACUUGAAUCCUACCAUGUGGUUUGAAUGCAGUAACUGUGAGGUUGGAGAGCAGUGUGGUGUGAUAAUGCAUGGCAAUGCUGUCGCUUUCUGCGAGCCAUAUGGUCCCAGAGAACUGACCACCACUGGCCUUAACACAACUACUGCAUCCGUCCUUCAAUUCUCUCUUG